CCUUUCUCUCUCAUUUCAUUCAAAAGUCUCUUUUGACUACCACCCCCCUCCACCUUCUUCCCUUCUUCGUCGUCCCUGCUUCCUCCUUUCCUUCUUCCUCCUAUUCCUAUUUCUCUCUCUCAAUCAUUCUCAUUACGCAUAACUCUCAAUUCUCUCUAUGCUAAUGAAUGAUAAUAUCUUCUCAUUAUUCCUUUGAUCUCUCUCCCAUUCUUCGAUCAUGGGCCUCUGUUUCUCCUCCACCAAGGUCAGCGGCUCCAGCAGCAACAACAACAACAACAACAACGCCUCAUCCAACCGUAACCGCAAAUGUUCGGCCGCGCCGGCGGCUGCAGCGCCGCCGGAGCCGGUGACGCCGCAGAAGAAACAACCGUCGCAGGCUCAACGGCGGCGAGUGCCAGAGGAGUCGCGGAAGAACCCACGCGCCAAAGACAAAGCGGGUGCGCGUCGGCAAGGGACACGUGUUCCGUGCGGAAAGCGAACGGAUUUCGGGUACGAGAAAGACUUCGAGAAUAGAUUCUCGCUCGGGAAAUUGUUGGGACAUGGACAAUUCGGUUACACCUACGUUGGAAUUGACAAAAAAAAUGGGGACCGUGUCGCGGUUAAGAGACUAGAGAAGAGCAAGAUGGUUCUCCCCAUUGCGGUUGAGGAUGUUAAGCGAGAAGUCAAGAUAUUGAAAGAACUUACAGGCCAUGAAAAUGUGGUUCAGUUCUUUAAUGCUUUUGAGGAUGAUUCAUAUGUGUACAUAGUUAUGGAGUUAUGUGAGGGUGGAGAACUGCUAGAUCGGAUAUUGGCCAAGAAGGACAGUCGUUAUACUGAAAAAGAUGCAGCUGUGGUUGUAAGGCAGAUGCUAAAGGUUGCGGCUGAGUGUCAUUUACAUGGGUUGGUACACCGGGACAUGAAACCAGAGAAUUUUCUUUUCAAGUCAACCAAAGAAGAUUCACCUUUAAAGGCUACCGAUUUUGGUUUGUCUGAUUUCAUAAAACCUGGAAAGAGGUUUCAAGAUAUUGUUGGCAGUGCUUACUAUGUUGCACCAGAAGUGUUAAAACGUAAGUCAGGUCCCGAGUCGGAUGUAUGGAGUAUUGGUGUGAUUACAUACAUAUUGCUUUGUGGGAGACGCCCAUUUUGGGAUAAGACAGAGGAUGGUAUCUUCAAGGAGGUCUUACGGAACAAGCCGGAUUUCCGGCGGAAACCAUGGCCUACUAUAAGCAAUGCUGCAAAAGAUUUUAUGAAGAAAUUGUUGGUAAAAGAUCCUCGUGCGAGAUAUACUGCUGCUCAGGCUCUUUCACAUCCAUGGGUUAGAGAAGGAGGAGAGGCAUUAGAGAUUCCUAUUGAUAUAUCUGUCCUGAACAACAUGCGACAGUUUGUGAAAUAUAGUCGGUUGAAACAAUUUGCACUAAGGGCAUUGGCUAGCACACUUAAUGAAGGAGAGUUGUCUGAUCUAAAAGAUCAGUUUGAUGCAAUAGAUGUGGACAAAAAUGGUUCUAUUAGUCUUGAGGAGAUGAGACAGGCUCUUGCUAAAGAUCAACCUUGGAAGUUGAAAGAAUCACGUGUGCUAGAGAUAUUGCAAGCGAUAGACAGCAACACAGAUGGGCUAGUGGAUUUCACCGAGUUUGUGGCAGCUACUUUACAUGUACAUCAAUUGGAGGAACAUGAUUCUGACAAGUGGCAGCAACGGUCACAGGCUGCUUUUGAGAAAUUUGACUUGGAUAAGGAUGGCUAUAUUACUCCAGAUGAACUUAGAAUGCAUACGGGUUUGAGAGGCUCCAUUGAUCCAUUACUUGAGGAAGCCGAUAUUGAUAAAGAUGGGAAAAUCAGCUUACCAGAAUUUCGUAGACUUCUAAGAACUGCAAGCAUGGGUUCUCGAACAGUAAUGAGCCCAAGUCACCGUCAUCAUCGAAAGAUUUAGAUUAGAUAUGUUUCGGAGACAGAGAUAAUUCAGGAGAUGAGAGUGAUGGAUUUCCUUUUAAGAUGAUGAUCUCUUAUGCAGAUUGUGCUGAAGCCCUCCUUGUGAUAUCUAUUCUGCUGCACAUUUUGCACUCUGACCAUCAUUAUAUGGAACUCUGAAACUAGAGUUAAUAUUGACUAUGGCAUACCACACAGGAUUGUGUGUUAAGCUUAGUCUAGACGACCAUGUCAAGAGGAAUUUAAAUAGUGUGUGGAUUGACUUGAGGUAUCAGAGUUUCAUCGGUGUACAUCAUUGGCUUGUUUGUGCCAUACAUGUAAUGUGUAAUACUGUAACUAUAAAUAAAAAACUUCUUACUCCCCUUCCCCUUCAAAAAAAAUUUUAAAAAAAAAUCCUACAAUUAAUCAUCAAAUGAAAUAUAUUUGGUUUUCAAUUUAUUAC